UGGCGGUUGAGUCAAAGUUGUUGUCCACCACUGCCAGUAACCACAAGAUUUUUUCGGUAACCUCGGUGGAUGUCUCGCUUAUCUUCAAACCCCAUCGGACUCCAUAGAUUCCGACCAUGCCUCCGAACACCUCAAUUCACCGUCAACCCUCGCCACCUUCACUUCAACACUCGCAAAUUCCACACCUUAGCUUGCCAAACAAAUCCAAAUCUCGACGAAAAGGAUGCUUCAGCAACGUCUCAGGAAAUCAAAAUUGUGGUUGAGCCUAGCACGGUGAAUGGUGAGAGUGAGACAUGCAAGCCAACAAGUUCCACCGCGGAUGCUUCCGGCCUUCCUCAAUUGCCGACCAAAGAUAUCAACCGCAAAGUCGCUAUUGCCUCUACUUUAGCUGCUUUGGGACUCUUCUUAGCUACCAGAUUGGACUUUGGUGUUUCUUUGAAGGAUCUUACUGCCAAUGCAUUGCCUUACGAACAGGCUCUAUCAAAUGGGAAGCCCACCGUGGUGGAGUUUUAUGCAGAUUGGUGUGAGGUGUGUCGGGAAUUAGCUCCUGAUGUCUACAAAAUAGAGCAGCAGUACAAGGAUCGUGUGAAUUUUGUGAUGUUGAAUGUUGAUAACACAAACUGGGAGCAAGAGCUUGAUGAAUUUGGUGUGGAGGGUAUUCCACACUUCGCAUUCCUUGAUAAAGAAGGGAACGAGGAGGGCAAUGUGGUGGGUAGGCUUCCAAGACAGUUGCUACUUGAAAAUGUGGAUGCCCUUGCUCGUGGUGAAGCAUCGGUGCCUCAUGCUCGUGUUGUAGGCAAAUAUUCAAGUGCUGAAGCAAGGAAGGUGCAUCAAGUUGUUGAUCCAAGAAGUCAUGGUUAGAUGACAACAUACAAUACUUUUCUUUUACUGUCUUACAGUUACUAGUUAGAUUUGUCUGUGAGCAACAUCUGAACAGAUUCUUGUAUACACUUUCCAUACUCAUCACAAGCUUGUUUAAUUAUGAACAUUGUGCAAGUCUGUCAUAGAUUAGGAUCUGAAACCAGAUAUCAAUGGCAAUUGUUUGCUCAAAUGUCUAUAAUCAUGAAAUUUCAGUAUAGGUAAA